AUGGAAUUUGCCAAAGUAAUAAAAGAAGUUGUAGGAUUGGGCCGGACAUCGUUUGGUAUAAUAAAAUUUGAGAUUGCUUAUCAAUGGACUUAUUUGAACUAUACUUGGGAGUCUGCUCAACAAUAUAAUAGAGCCAUUGAAUCUGGCAGAUAUGUUCCGGCUAAUAACGCUCCUACAGGUUUGAAGUUUUAUGGAAAUUUGAUGUUCAUUUCGGUUCCUAGAUUCAGGCCUGGAAUUCCUGCUACUUUAGUAUCAUUGGAAAUAACCCAUCAAACAAUCAACCCUCUUCUGUCUCCUUAUCCAAACUGGCAAUUCAACAACGACCACUCAUCUUGCAAACAUCUACAAAGUGUCCAAAGCAUGGAAGUGGACACAAGCGGAACAAUGUGGAUAAUAGACGGCGUAAGAAUCAACAAUUACAACAGAUGUCCGGCAAAAUUGGUUUUAUUGAACCUAAAUCAAGCAGGCUCUUUGGUUCAUCUUUACGAAUUUCCUGAACGAUUAUCGUCCAGAAAUGGGGGAUUUUUAAAUGAUAUUGUCCUAGAUGAAACUGAUGGCGGGUUUGCUUAUAUUACUGAAAAUGGGCAACUGGAUCCUGGGAUUAUAGUGUAUUCGAGACGAAAAAAUCAAGCUUGGAAAUUGAGAGAUGUUAGCAUGUUGCCAGAGCCGAACGCUGUUGUGUUUAGGGUUGAGGAUGUUGUGUUUGAUGCUCCAACACCAAUUGAUGGAAUUGCACUAUCACCAUCAAAGACGUUGUUUUAUUGUGCAAUAUCUUCUUAUAGCAUGUAUUCAAUAGAAACCAGCAUUAUUAAAAAUAGGGUUUUGGUUAAAUCAGGCAUUUGGAAGAGAAAUAUUACGUUUGUUGGAACUAAAUCAGCUCAAAGUGAUGGUAUUAUAAUAGACAACAAAUCAAAUAUGUAUUUGACAAUGCUGCCCCAACACGCAGUUGCAAUGUGGAAUAUCAACGAACCAAUUGCCUCUAUAAUUAGAUUAGACCAAGAUCGUCAGAGAAUGGUUUGGCCGGACGGAUUCGCUUUCGAUCAACGAGGCUUUUUGUAUUUGAUUAGCAACAAAAUUUACAAUUAUAUUGAUUUAAGACGGACCCCAGUGGUUACAGAUGAAGUACAAUUUAGAGUUUUGAGGCUGUUUACUGGAACAACAAGUUAUUUGAAUUCGAAAUAA